GAAUUCUCCGGAGUGGCUGCCGAGGGAGCUGCCUUAUAUAUAGUCCACCAAGCUUGAGAUGGGAGGAGACUUCACCUUGGGGAUCAUCUGUUCUUGUCAUUUCCUCCUCUUCGUCUUGUCGUUCCUGUGGCGUUUGAAGAGAAAGUUCGUCUCUUUCGAAUGACGGCAAGUCCUCUCCUCGUUGAUUCCUGUGCAUCGCAAAGCCCAGACUGCAUCAAGAUCUCACGACUUUUGUGAGGAGACACUGCCUGUUGCUCUUGUUCUUCCUCCGAAUAAUGCAGGAUUCGACGGCGUCGGCGGCAUUUCAAGCGGCGAUGACUCGGUUCCCAGAGCCAGAGCAGAACCUGCGGUGCCCCCGAUGCGACUCCACCGACACCAAGUUCUGCUACUACAACAACCACAACAUCUCGCAGCCGCGCCACUUCUGCAAGAGCUGCCGCCGCUACUGGACCAAGGGCGGCAUGCUGCGCAACAUCCCCGUCGGUGGCGGCACCCGGAAGAACUCCAAGCGCUCCGGUUCCUCCUCUUCCUCCUCCUCUGCUGCUUACAGUUGCAAGCGACCCAAUCCCUCCAGACCCCCUUCCCACCUCGCUGACCUCCCCAAGACCGAGCCCGUCUCCGUUCUCUACCCGCCGCUCGACCCCGACCGCCACCUGCUUGACAUGACCGGAAGCUUCAGCUCGCUGUUGGCAUCCGACGGGCACUUGGAGACCAUCCUGGAGAGCUUCCACCCAGUUUGCGGCGGCGACGUCACAGUGUUGCCGAAUUCAGCCAGCGCAAUCCGUUCCGGUAUACAUAUCCAGGGGAUGGAAUUGCAGGGCUCGGUCAGCAACAGCAACACACCGGCGGCAGCGGUGGAGAACUCGGAAAGAUUGGAGGGUGCUCCGGGAUGCUGGGCCGCGUCAUGGACCGAUCUUGCCAUCUACAAUCCAGGCUCGAACAUGCAGUGAAAGAACAAAACUUGGAGCCAGAAACCAAGAAAGAGCACAUUUUUCUUCCUUCUUAUGGAACUCUAUCCAAGAGACAUGGAUAUUUGGUAAUAGGUACAGAUAGAUACAUAGUUUUGGGAAUGUGGUGAUGGAAGAGAUGAACUUUCGAUCAACU